ACUCUGAUUUUCGUCUGGCUCAAAAACUUCAGGACGAAGAAUAUACUCGUUGGGUAGAAUCUAACCGGCAACAGGAGCUGGUAUCCAGUGCUGGAGAAUCUUCUUCUGACCAUUUUCAUUCACGAGUACAAAUUGAUCCUAUACCUGAAAAUUAUCGAUGUAAUCAUUUUCUUCCAUACCAAAGCAAUUCAACACAACAUCUCUUACAACCACAACAAUACCCAAUAAUUUACGCAUCUCCAAAUCAACCUCCACUACCUUAUAAUCAAUCUGAUCCUUUUACGAAUAAUGGCGCUGUUGGAAACCCACCGUAUUAUGGAAGUUUGAAUCAAGAUCGAUCAG